GUGACUAGUUGUGUUUUUCUCUGCAACAAUUCCCUUCAACUUCAAAAAACCCCCUCUUUUUCAUCCUUCAUUCUCCUCCAAUUUAAGGGAUCUGUUGAGUUUCUUCAUACAGAUGCAUAUACAUGAUACAAAUACAUUCCCCUUUUGUUUUUGAGCAAUAAAAGUCUCACACAUUUGAGUUUCUGGUAUGGCUUCCUUCCCAUUUGGCUUCUUCUGUAAGAGAUCUAGGGCUUAGACUCUUGUUCAUUGUGUUUGGAGAUUAAGCAACAACAACAACAGCUGCUGCCUCUUUUCAUCUUCAGACAUUCAGGGUGUAUAUAUAUAAUCGCAAAUGGGUCUCAAGAAAGAAAUGACUGAAGAUAUUCCAGCUUUAAAUCUCCAAGUUUGGCACCUUAUAGCAAUAUUUGUGGCAGUAUCCAUCGUUGUCGUCCUUUUGUUGCUUUGGUGCUAUACCUUCUCAAGAAAGAAAUCUAAGAGGGUAAAUGGCAGACUUCCGGUUAGCCAAAAACCAACUGUGGUGUCAGCAGAGAUCAAAGACAUACGAGUUGACCAAAAUUCAGCUAAUACAUUUAUAGGCCAAGAUGCAAAUUCUCACACCCUAUGGGACAAGUUCAGUGACAAAGAUAAAGACUCAGACAAGCUCUUAACACGUCCAAGUGUCGAUAAGAAUAAAUUGGGUGACAAUAGCAGUCAAUCGGGAUCUUUUAAUCAUUUGGAUAAAGAAGAUGUGGGCCCUGACUCUGGCGAAAAGGGAACGUCUGAUAUAUAUAGAUCUUCUUCACAUCCUAUGACCGGUACUUCCCCUUUAUCUGGUUUACCCGAGUUCUCUCACCUUGGUUGGGGUCAUUGGUUUACAUUGAGGGAUCUGGAGGUUGCAACAAAUCGGUUUUCAAAGGAUAACGUCGUUGGUGAGGGUGGCUAUGGGGUCGUAUAUCGUGGCCAUCUUGUUAAUGGCUCUCCUGUGGCUGUCAAGAAGAUUCUCAACAAUGUAGGACAAGCUGAAAAGGAGUUUCGAGUUGAAGUUGAAGCAAUUGGUCAUGUGCGCCAUAAAAAUUUAGUUAGGCUCCUUGGAUAUUGCAUUGAAGGAACCCAUAGGUUGUUGGUUUACGAGUAUGUGAACAAUGGUAAUUUAGAGCAAUGGCUUCAUGGAGCUAUGCGUCAGCAUGGAUAUCUUACUUGGGAGGCUCGCAUGAAAGUCAUCCUUGGUACUGCAAAGGCGUUGUCGUACUUGCAUGAGGCCAUUGAGCCAAAAGUGGUGCACCGAGAUAUCAAGUCGAGCAAUAUAUUACUAGAUGAUGAGUUCAAUGCUAAGUUGUCUGAUUUUGGACUUGCCAAGUUAUUGGGUGCUGGAAAAAGUCAUAUCACUACCAGAGUGAUGGGUACCUUCGGAUAUGUAGCACCAGAAUAUGCAAAUAGUGGGCUUCUGAAUGAGAAGAGUGAUGUUUAUAGUUUUGGAGUUUUGCUGUUGGAAGCAAUCACAGGAAGAGAUCCGGUAGAUUAUGGUCGUCCAGCAGACGAGGUGAACCUGGUGGAUUGGCUGAAAAUGAUGGUUGGAAACAGACGAUCAGAAGAGGUUGUUGACCCUAACAUUGGUAGCAGACCAUCCAGAACAGCACUUAAACGGGCUCUUUUGACGGCUUUGAGAUGUGUUGACCCUGAUUCCGAGAAAAGACUUACAAUGGGUGAAGUCGUGCGCAUGCUUGAGUCUGAGGAGUAUCCGUUAACACGAGAGGGUCGAAGACGACGUAGGAGUCAAGCAAAUGCCACAGAACCGGAUUCUCAGACUGAGAACUCUGAUGCAGAGAAGGGUACCAAAUGAAAAUUGAAGCCGUUAUUACAAUGUAGAAAACGGGAUCAUCCAUUGAAAUCUCGAAGCUCGUAGAAGAUGAUGCUAAUACGAAACACAUGUUUUUGUUUUUUGUUUUUUUAUGUGUCCUUUUUACAUGUAGAUGUUGGAGAUAUUGUUUUGUGCAUGAAAAAAAAUCAGAUUAAUGGUGUGUACAGUUUCUUUAUAUGGGUGUGAUCAAUACUAGAUUGGCAUGACCAUAGUUUUUUUUUCUGUAGUAAUGGAUUCCCUUUUCUUUUC